AUGGAUAUCGGAGAAUUGUUAUCUUAUAAGCCUCCAAAUACACCAAAGCGACCAGCAGCAGGAGAAGAGGACGAUGAUGAUGAGUGGGAGAGUGCCAAGAAACCAAAAAGAGUAAUAAAAACACCGUAUCACGCGCGUCAACGGCAGGUCAAGGAAGUUGAGAUAGGGACGCCCAGAGACAGUGAGCCUCCUACACCUGUUAGAACCGUUUUACCCCCACCAACGCCAGAAGUGGUGGAACCGCAAUUAACGGAAAAGGAGAAGGAAGAUAUUUUGAAAUAUGUAGAAACUGAAGCCCCUGAAGUCGAAGCACUGGACGAAGCCACGCUUAAACGUAUGAUUCUUUUGUUUGAGAAGAGAGCUCUCAGAAAUCAGGAAAUGAGAGUCAAAUUUCCAGAUCAACCGGAGAAAUUUAUGGAAUCCGAGGUUGAAUUGCACGAAACGCUCCAAGAACUUCAUAUCAUAGCAGCCAACCCAGAUCUGUAUCAACUGAUGGUAGAAUUAGGUGCUGUGCCUUCUCUGCUUGAAUUAUUAUCUCACGAGAAUACAGACAUAGCGGUUGGAGUGGUGGAUCUUCUUCAAGAGCUGACCGAUGUUGACAUAUUACACGAGAGUCAAGAAGGCGCGGACACUCUUAUUGACGCUUUGUUAGAGCAGCAAGUUUGUGCUCUUUUAGUACAAAACCUCGAGAGACUCGACGAAGCAGUGAAAGAAGAGAGUGACGGCGUUCACAACACACUUGCUAUUUUCGAGAACCUUCUCGAGUUUAGACCGGACUUAUGCGUGGAUGCAGGCAAACAGGGUCUGAUGCAGUGGCUACUCCGUCGAAUUAAGACAAAAACACCGUUCGACGCAAACAAACUUUACGCCAGCGAACUGCUGUCUAUACUUCUGCAGCAUACGCCGGAAAAUAGGCUUCUCCUCGGUGACUUGGACGGAAUUGACGUUUUGCUGCAACAAUUAGCCUAUUAUAAGAGGCACGACCCGCAAACUGCCGAGGAACAAGAGAUGAUGGAAAAUUUAUUCAACGUUCUAUGCUCCAGCCUAAUGGCCACCAUAAAUCGCGACAGAUUCCUGCGUGGCGAGGGUCUUCAACUUAUGAAUUUGAUGUUACGAGAGAAGAAAAUGUCACGAAACGGAUCUCUCAAGGUGCUGGAUUACGCUAUGAAUGGUCCGGACGGAAAAGACAACUGUAGCAAGUUUGUGGAUAUUCUCGGAUUGCGGACUAUAUUUCCUCUGUUUAUGAAGACUCCGACAAAAAACAGGAAAAAAAUGCUCACUGCAGAAGAACACGAAGAACACGUGGUUUCGAUCAUAGCGAGCAUGUUGAGAAACUGCAAAGGCCAACAACGUCAAAGGUUACUUAGUAAAUUCACCGAGAAUGAUUACGAGAAAGUCGAUCGAUUAAUGGAGUUACAUUUCAAGUACCUUGAGAAAGUGGAGGAGGUGGAAAAGAACGGAAAGGAGGACGAAGACGAAGAGGAAUCCUACUUGAGGAGAUUAGAUGGCGGAUUAUUUAUAUUGCAAUUAGUAGAUUAUGUACUUUUGGAGGCUUGCACUGGCUGUCCACCUGCUGUCAAACAACGAGUGACCAGAAUAUUGGCGCAGAGGAGAGCAUCUCUUAAAACAAUUCGACACAUUAUGAGAGAGUAUGCUGGUAACUUGGGAGAUGCUGGUGACACGGAAUGGAAAGAAGCAGAGCAACAACACAUCUUGCAAUUGAUCGAUAAAUUUUGAUUUUGUAUUUUUCGCAAUAUCAAGAUCUACUGUUACAUAAAUUAUGAUAAGACUUAUCGACUUUGUAUUAUUAUAACCUAAUCUGUACAAUAAAGAAAUAUUUUACCUGAA